AUGGAUGUUUUUGGUGGUGCACCACGUUUCUUGGCCUACCCAAGACCUGUGAUGGUACAAAGUGGGACUGAUGCAGUCUUAAAGUGUCAAAUUGGUGGUGAUCCAAGGCCUGCAGUUAUUUGGGAGCGAAACAAUGAAAAGAUUGACCCACAAGAACGAUACAGGGUUUUCGAGGAUGGAAAUGUUUACAAUCUCAUUAUUUCAGCUGUGACCGCAGAGGAUAGUGGUCAGUACAUAUGCAAAGCAAAAAACAGUAUAGGGGAAACAUACGCAGCUGCCACACUGAAGGUGGAAGGUGAGGCACAAGAGAUGGAGUUACGAGAGGAAAAUAAGCCACGAUUCCUCAUCAAGCCCCUCUCCACUCGUGUCGGCCGUGGGGAAGAUGCCGUCUUCUCUUGUAAGCUCUGGGGAAACCCACGACCAGAGGUUGCCUGGGAAAAGGAUGGCAGAAAACUCAAUGAAAUAUUUGAAAGCACACAUUUCAGUGUGGGCUACCAGGACGGUGGAUGGUUCCAGCUUAAGAUCUUUAAGACUCGUGCGCCAGACGGUGGUGUAUAUACAUGCAAGGCUCGGAAUGAGUGUGGGGAGGCAUUGGCAGGAGCUGUGUUGCUUGUUGAUGCUGGCCCAGGACACGAGGACGAUGGAAAUCGUAAUGGCUACACAAAUGGCCACUGGAAAGGUCACCAGGGAAAACAGAGGAGUGGUAGGCAAGUGUCAAAUCGGCUAAAAGAUGACCCCCUGACCAAGUCAACAAAGGUAAAAAUGUUUGCAGUGACAGAGGGCAAACAUGCCAAAUUCCGCUGCUUUGUGACUGGAAAACCCAAACCAGAAAUCAUUUGGAGGAAAGACGGCAGGCUGAUACUAUCUGGAAGACGCUAUUUGUUAUAUGAGGACAGGGAAGGAUACUUCACACUCAAAGUUCUGUACUGUAAGCAGAAGGAUAACGGAGUUUAUGUUUGUGCUGCAUCAAAUACUGCAGGGCAAACUCUCAGUGCCGUACACCUCACUGUAAAGGAGCCACCUGUGCGGUUCAAGCAGCCUCUUAUUGAUCUAGAGGUUUGGGAACGAGACUUGGCUGUUCUCGAGUGUGAAGUUCCAGAGGACUCGGUUCCCAUCACGUGGUAUCUGGAGGAUAGAAGACUGCAGCCGGGGGCCAAAUAUGGAAUGGAGGAGUGGGGAACAAAACGGCGGCUAACCAUCCGUGACAUUGGAGUCGACGACGAUGGGAUAUACCUCUGCGAGAUGCCCGAUGGUGGGAGAAGUAUUGCAGAGGUAGCUGUGAAAGGUACAAUUUUGCGAAAGCUUCCAAGAAAGGUGGAUGUCUUGGAAGGCGAAAAUGCUGCCUUUUGUGUUGAGGUGGAAAAAGAAGAGAUGGAUAUACAUUGGUACAAAGAUGGUGUAGAGCUGCGUGAAACUCAUAAGACCAUCCUCAAGUCCUUUGGUCGAACUCACAUCCUGGUUUUCGUCAAUACAAUGCCCCAAGACUCCGGCCUUGUGAUAUUCCUUGUAGGCAGAUCCAAGACUUCCUCUCAGCUAAGAGUGAAAGCCGCCAGACAUUGUCCUCCCAGUUGUCCAGUGGGUGUGCAGAUCAACACAGAGCGUGCCAAUGCAGCUCUUCUGUCGUGGGUUCCUGCUCAGGACUCGCGAAAGAACCCUCCAUCUGGAUAUGUGCUUGAGCGACAGGAAGUGGGCACCGGCUCACAGGAGUGGCUACAGUGCUUGACCACUGACUCAGCAACCUCUGUGGAGAUCCUUGGUGACAGCGUACCAUGUGAAGCUGAUUAUCGAUUUCGUAUUUGCAGCGUAAACAAAUACGGAAAGAGCAACAAUGUUGAGUUCCCUAGGGCAGUUCACUUGGUUCCAGUGGCCAGAAUACAAGCUCCCUUACAGGAUGCAUUGGUGCCUGAGGGACAAGACGGCCUCUUCUCUAUUGAGCUCUCUGCUUCUGUUAUCGGCACAUGGUUCUUAAACGGCACUCAGCUUCAGGAGGAUGAACGUUAUUCCAUGCGGCGGACCCGAACACACCAAUCUCUUCGUAUUAGAGGAGUACGUGAUACAGACAAUGGAGCUGAGAUUACCUUUAUUGCCUAUGGCAUAAGGGAUUCUGCAGCACUGUACAUACAAGCUCCUCUUGUCAAGUUUUCACCACUGUCCGAAAUGGAUCGAAACAAAUUUGUAGAGAUUGGGAACCCCAUUGUGCUCUACUGUGAGCUGUCAGACCCUGCAGCACCAGUACACUGGUACAAGAAUGGGGUGGAGUUACAAACAGUCGAGGGUCUUCAUAUCCAAUCAGAGGGCACCAUGAGAAGAAUUGUCAUCCAAUCAGCAGAAUUCUCACAUUCAGGAGUUUAUUGCUGCGAUGCCAUUGAUGACGUCAUCAGGUUUAAUGUGGAAGUAGAGGCACCACCAGUCACAUUUGCUGAUAUCCCAGAGGAAGACCUUUUCAAGAGCGUUGUGGAAAAAGAAGAGCUUGCUCUGUCAUGUGAAGUAUCAAGGGCUGAUGGUGUUGUCCAGUGGUAUAAAGAUGGAACUGAAGUGCAACUGAGCGACAAUAUUACAAUUCAAGCAGAGGGCACCCAAAGAAAUCUGACAAUCCAUUCAGCUCAACUGUCAGACUCAGGCACAUAUACAUGCCGUGCAGGAGACAACAUUUUAGUGAUCAAGGUUAACAUACGAGAACCUCCAGUGACGAUAAUCUACCCCAAGGAGGAUGUCCACCUCGACCGUCAUGUCCCUGAGGAAAUCAUUCUGAGUUGUGAAUUGUCUCGUCCAAAUGGUGUUGUGAGCUGGUACAAAGACGGCCAAAAGCUGCAGGAGAGUGAGAACAUCAAGCUCAAGGUUGAAGGCCCUUAUCGACGACUGAAGAUUAUUUCCAGUGGAGUGGAAGAUUCUGGAGAAUACGUCUGUGAUACAGCUGAUGAUUCAAUAUUCUUUAACCUUAGUAUUACAGAGCCUCCGGUGCGGAUUGUAUCCCCAAGUCAGUCACAAAUGGAACUGUGUCAGCAAACGUCCGAGAGGAUGGUACUGAGCUGUGAGAUCUCACGGCCUAAUGCAAUGGUACGCUGGUAUCGAGAUGGACUUGAAGUGGAGGAAAAUGACAACCUUAUUCUAGAGGUGGACGGUGUCUACAGAAGACUUAUUAUACCUGAAACUACGGUCAAAGAUUCUGCAGAAUACGUCUGUGAUACAGCAGAUGACUCAGUGACGUUCUUCGUCAACAUAGCAGAGCCUCCUGUUCGCUUUAUACGUCCACGGAAGACCGCAAGCAGACUAGAAAAAGUGGUUGGGAAUACUCUGGUAUUAGACUGUGAAGUUUCCAGAUCAAAUGCUGAGGUCACUUGGAAGAAGGAUGGAGAAGAGGUGGAGGACUCCAGAAAUGUAACCAUCCUUGAAGAUGGUGCCAUACGUCAAUUGACCAUUCACUCAUUGACAGUUGAAGAUGCUGGGCAAUAUGUCUGUGAUGCAAAGGAUGAUGUGAUGGACUUCCAUGUAAAAGUACAAGAGUUGCCUGUGAAAAUUCUCGGAAAAACUGACGCAAAAACAGAGAAGCAGUUCUUAGUAUCAGAUGACAUAAUUCUUGUGUGCGAACUAUCAAGAGCCAAUGCCUCAGUCAGUUGGUACAAAGAUAACCAGCUAAUUGACGACACUGAGCGAUACUGUAGUGAGGAGCAAGGUGUUUUCCGGUCACUGGUUGUCCUAAAUGCUGGGCUCGAGGAUUCGGCAGAAUACACCUGUGACGCAGUGGAUGAUAAAAUGAUCUUCUAUAUCACUGUCAAAGAGCCUCCAGUAAAGAUCAUUGGAAAUUCAGGCCACCCAGAGCAUCAUAUGCUGGUAGCAGGGGAUGACCUUAUUUUGGAGUGUGAGUUGUCUCGGUCAAACGCCACUGUUCAGUGGUUAUGGAAUGGUGAGAUACUGAAACCAGACACUCGAGUAAAAAUUGACAGCUAUGAUGUUGUGAGGAAGCUUGUUCUCUCUGGACUUCAGCCCUCAGACUCUGGAAAAUACAUUUGCGAUGCCACCGAUGAUAAGCUGAUAACGAUUGUUGAGGUCCAGGCUCCCCAUGUUGUUGAGUUCAUAGCGGAGCUUCGUAGCAUCACAGUCUGUGAAGGAGAGGAUGCAGUAUUUAAGUGUGUGGUUUCCCCAGAGGACACUCGCUUGGUCUGGUACUUAAAUGGCAAACAAGUUGCUCUGAAUGAGCGCACUGUCAUUUCAAGCAAUGGACUAUGCCACAUGCUCUGCAUCCACAACUGCAUGGUUUCAGAUAGCGGCAAAGUGACAGCUGAUGCCGAGGGACUGGUAUCAGACGCAGAACUCCAGGUUCAAGAACAACAGGUGUUGUUCACCAAGAAAAUGACACCAGUUAUAGCUGAAGAGUACAGUGAGGCAACUCUAGAGGUGGAGGUGAGUCGGGAUUCGGAAGAGGUACAGUGGAUGAGGCAAGGGGUGCUGAUCCACCCUGGAGCCAAGUAUACCCUGAAACACAAGGGCCGAAAACACAGUCUCACCAUCCACAAACUCACCAUGUCUGACCGUGGCACCUACAGCUGCGAAACCCUCCAUGACCGCACGCAAGCCCAGCUCACGGUGGAACCUCGAAAAAUCACAAUCAAGAGGGAGCUGACUGACAUCAAAACCACAGAGAGAGAAACAGCCUCUUUUGAGGUGGAACUGUCCCAUCCCAACGUACCAGGCACCUGGACGAGAAACAACAUUCAGCUCAAGCCGACACAUCACUUCCGCAUGACUGCCAAAGGACAAGUCCACAGCCUCACUGUCUCGAAUCUGUCAGUAGAAGACACUGGCACCUUUACGUUCUGUGUGGAGAAUUUGAAAACAUCUGCAAGGCUUGUUGUCAAGGAGCCCCUAGUGACAGUUUUCAGAAAACUGGAGAACCAGAAAUUCCCUGAAGGUGCAAUAGUGUCUAUUGAGUGUGAGCUGUCAAGACACAAUAUCAAUGUGAAAUGGAUCAAGGAUGGGGUUGAGUUGAAGCCGGGCAAGGAUUUGCGCAUUUAUGCGAUGGGACGGAAGCGUUUCCUUCAGAUCAUGAAAUGUCAAGUCAGUGAUUCUGGCGUGUACACCUGUGAUGCUGGAGAUGUGACUACGUCCUGCACUGUGGAGGUCUAUGAGCGUGAACUGCUGAUCGUGCAGGGCCUCGAGGAUCUGCAUAUCCAGGAAGAUCAGAAUGCAGUGUUUGUUUGUGAGAUCUCAGUAGAGGACGUACCCGGCGAAUGGUACAAAAAUGGAGAGAAGAUACAACCCACCAGUACCAUCAAGAUCCGCCAGGAAGGGAAAAAACAUUUUCUCCUGAUGUGCAAUGUGCGCCCAGAGGACUGUGGAGAAAUCAAGUUUGUCGCCAGACAUAUCGAAUCUGUCACUUGCCUGGAGGUGGAAGAGGUUCCUGUCAACAUUGUGAAACCUCUGCAGGAUAAAACCGCCCUCGAGAAGAGCCGUGUGAUCUUAGACUGCACAGUGUCCAACCCCAGAUGUAGUAUCCGCUGGUACAAAGGCAGUAAUGUCAUCCUACCCUCAGAGCGCUUUGAGAUCUGCAGUGAGGGCUGUUAUCGGAAACUAAUCAUCCAGCAGGUGGUGCUAGAGGAUGAGGGCAUGUACAGCGUGCAGGUUGGAGAGUAUUCAUGCUCUGCUAAACUGACAGUGGAGGCCCAGUCUUUGUUGAUGGUCAGAGAGCUGAAAGACGUGGAGGUCAAAGCCCCCAACGAAGCCUGUUUUGAAUGUGAGGUGUCAGUCCCUGUCAUCAAAUCCCCCGUGUGGAGCCUGAAUGGGGAGCCCUUGCAGCAAAGCCCUCAUGUACGUCUGGAGAAGAUGGGAACAGUCCACCGGCUGACCCUGAGACAAACCUCCCCAGACAUGAGUGGAGCAGUGGAGUUCACUUCUGGAAAAGCCAAGAGCACAGCUCAGCUUCGGGUGCUUAGUGAUCCGUGAGAGACAGCUUCUGUCAUCAUCUCACACAGAUAGAUUAGUGAUUGUAUUGAUGUUCUCAAGUUGUAACAUUGACAGUGCUUACAUAUUUACAUGCAGUAUGUCUAUAAAUGUGGUUUAAACAGGGUUGAGAUGGAAUUUAAUAUAACUCAGUUAUUUCAGGGGGUGGAUUUUCUUCUAGUAACUUGCCUUUGAGUAACAACAUUUCUGUUAAUAUAGACUUUAUAUUCAGUGUGUGAAAAAUGUUAAAAUGGUUCCUUUAAAGUAACAGAAAUAGCAGUUGGGAUGUAAAUAAUGUCCUGUGUGAAAGUUUUUUGGCUGUAACCACAUUGAGAAUUUUUAGCUCAAUGUGCAUUGUGCUAAUAUAUAUAUUAUUUGAAUACUAUAAGGGUCAAAGGACGUUGUUAGUGAUAAGAUCUGGUUUUAAUCACACUUGAAACGUUUAGCACCAGAUGCUGUCUCGGUCCUUUGUGAAUUUUUAGUUGAGCCUGAAAGUGAACAGCUGAUGCUGGUUUUGUCUGUGAGGUAGUUUCAGAAUGAAUGAAAGCAAAAACCAGAGCUAAUUUACAGAUUACAUAUGCACUUGUGCAGAUUUUUAUGCAAAUACAUCUUACCCCAUAUACAAUCUUACCCCAUAUAUCAGAGCAUGGUUUUGUGUGGCUGCUGUGACAGUGAGAGUAAUCCAUUUUAUAUAAGCUUAGGUAGCAGAAACACCAGCUUCAGAUAUUACCAUGAAUUAACAGUUAGCUUCCAGUUAACACUAAAAUACAUCAAAUUUAGAUUUUAGAAUAGAUCAUCUAAGCAACAAAUGCCUAAUUCAUAAAAUCUUAUAAUUAACAUCUAUUUUCAUCAUUUGUCCAUUGUAUAGAAAUUGUUUUUUUAUGUAUUGAUGAAAAAGUUCGAAUGAAGAAAGUUCUGUCUUGCAGCAAGGGGCUUGUAAUGUAAAUACAUUGGGCCAAAAAUCAGGUAAUUUAGCAAAGAAAUAGAUUUAAAAUUACUUGAUCACUUUGAUUGAGAAUCAGGUCAUGCUAGAUGCUAGAUGUUGAAAUGCUUUGAGUGAUUAUUACAUUUGUGCUUAACAGAGAAUGAUAGUUGUUUUCAUAU